CACGAGCGGCUUCGGAUAAUGAAACAUGGGCUCAUCUCGGAGCUCAAAGUUGGCGAAGAGUCAGCCACACAAUGCUUUGUCUUCCCCCUUCCACGAACAAUGGGCGGGACCCAUGCCGUGUAGAGGGAGGAUGACAGCCAGAAGGAAUGGCUGCGACGUGCGUUGCUGACAAAGCUUGAGCAAGGUGUCCAGACACACUCGAUUGCGAGCCUGGCCCGCUUGUGAAGUCGGACGAUAGCAGCAGCACUGCGGAGCGGAAAUUUGUUGAAGACAGCUGGUUCGGCUGUCAGCGCUUGAUGAGCUCGCCGGUCGGCUGCACCCCUUUUCAUUCGAGGAGCUCGGCACGGACAUUCCAACAAACGGCGGUUGUCUUAUAUAAAGGCGCGUCUUAUUUCUUCUUGACCCUCCUCACCCAUCCCCAUCGACCGCACCCCCAACCAUGUCCGAGGUGGUGCCCGCUGAGACACCCAUCCUGACAGUCUCGAGGCUUGUCGAAGCCUCGCUCGACCAGCUCCGCUCUCCGUCGCUCACCGACGCGGACCGACAGUCUGUCAUUGGUCGACUCGAACUGGCGAACCGGCUACUGAACGGCUUGGACCCUUACCUCGACAGUGUCUCCUCUGGCGGUCCUCCGGGCCUGCAGCCGCUGAUCCAUGAGACGAUCCAUCACGACUGGGCGCGUGCCUACCAAGAGAAGAAGGUGUCGUUCAAGGUCAACCCUUCGUGGUCUGCUGGCGCCUAUGAAGGCUCGUUUGUUGCCCUAGUCGCGAGGGCCGUCGGCGCAAAGAGGGUUCUCGAGAUCGGCAUGUUCACAGGCACGACGACGCUGUGUGUGGCCAGCUCGCUCCCCUCAGACGGCAAGGUCGUCUGCCUUGAGAUCGAUCAGUACUUUGAGGACCUAGCCCGACCCUACUUCGAAAAGGCUGGCGUCUCGUCCAAGAUCGACGUCAAGGUUGGCAAGGCUCUCGAUUUUCUCCAGAGCUACAAUGGCGAGCCAUUCGACCUCAUCUUCAUCGAUGCGGACAAGACCGGCUACCUGGGCUAUUUUAAUGCAAUCCUCGAUCGCGGCCUGCUCAGCAAGAACGGCGUCCUCCUCGUUGACAACGUCCUCUACAAGGGCCUUCCCAUCACUGACGGCCUUCAAUCCGAGUCAACUGCCGAGAGGGUCGACAAUGGGGGAGCAUUGAAGCACUUCAACCAGGUCGUCCGUCAAGACAAGCGCGUCGAGGUCUGCGUCCUGCCAAUCCGCGACGGCGUAUCCUUCAUCAUGCACAAGUAGAUACACCUCACAAGUGGCUCAUCAUGCUGACAUGCCCAAGAGACGAGAACUGCUGUAAAACAUGCAAGUAGAGACAUUUGCCAUCUCGUGAAAACAUUGUUACAUCUCCAUCGGCGUCGAAAGUGAAGAGGACCUCUGGACGGAAGAGGACGCGAACCGUCUAGCACGAGCCUCGUCUGCUUCUACCUCGCCCCUCCAGACCCUCUCCAUACCCUUGAGCU